CUGAUGACGUCAGACAAGCACAGAGGAGCCGCACAGCUGUGUGAGUGGCUUUGUGGUGACGGUCGCUUGUUUUCACACAAGGAAGUGGAGGACGUGUCGCGCCGCCGAGAUCAGGAACUAACACAAACCGUCGAGUUUUCCGUUCGAGCAACUUCUUCUGGAAUGGAGAUUUAUGGAUGCAUAACCACCAUGUCAGCAUGUAAUGCAUCAAUCUCUUCAGCGUGAGCUCACAUAAGACAAUUGUCAAAACUUCAGUCCAAAUAUGGCCCCUGUUCCUCCUGGGAUCCGCCUGUUGGUGUCCUUUGACAGGAACCAGUGGUACAGAGCCCUCACCUUUAUCCUCACCUUUCUCCUCUAUACCAGCUUCCACCUCUCCAGGAAACCCAUUAGCAUCAUCAAGAGUGAACUCCAUAAGAACUGCUCAUCUGUCAGUGAGAUGUCCACUGCCUCCAGCAGCAGCCAGCAGGCCUCUCUGCCAUCUCUACACAACGACAUGGACUGUAGCUGGAAGCCUUUUGAUAAAAGCAACUACAAACAGCUGCUGGGAGCCAUGGACUACUCUUUCCUCUGUGCCUAUGCUGUUGGAAUGUACCUCAGUGGCAUCAUCGGAGAGCGUUUGCCCAUUCGACUUUACCUGACUGUGGGAAUGCUGGCCAGUGGCCUGUUCACCUGCCUGUUUGGACUGGGUUAUCUAUACAACAUCCACAGCCUGGGCUUCUAUAUUUCCAUCCAGGUGGCUAACGGAUUGGUCCAAACCACUGGCUGGCCUAGUGUGGUGACCUGCAUUGGCAACUGGUUUGGAAAGGGAAGGCGUGGACUUAUCAUGGGCUUGUGGAACUCCCACACCUCAGUGGGCAACAUCCUGGGCUCUCUGAUUGCUGGCUAUUGGGUCUCCUCCAACUGGGGCCUGUCGUUUAUUGUACCAGGGAUAAUUAUUGCAACCAUGGGAGUUGUCUGCUUCUUCUUUCUCAUUGAGCACCCAAAUGACCUAAAAAGCAUGUAUGCUCAAAAUUCUCCCCCCGGCAAGAGUCAGCUUGGAGUAAAUGGACACCAUGAGGUGUAUCUCCAACACAAGAACAAUAAAUCCCAGAGCUAUGACGUAGAGCUGCUGUUGCCCAGGGACAGAGUGUGUGUCCCUGUGCAACCAGUCGUAGUGGUUAAGAGCGAAUCAGAACCAUCUGCCAUCAGCUUCGGGGGAGCCCUACAAAUACCGGGGGUGAUCGAUUUCUCUCUGUGUCUGCUUUUUGCCAAACUGGUCAGUUACACCUUCCUCUUCUGGCUGCCGCUCUACAUAACGAAAGCAGCUCACCUGGAUGCCAAGGCGGCUGGAGAUCUCUCCACCUUGUUUGAUGUGGGAGGAAUUGUGGGGGGAAUCUUGGCGGGAGUCAUCUCUGAUAAACUGGGGAAGAGAGCCACCACCUGUGCAGUAAUGUUGUUGCUUGCAGCUCCCACUCUCUAUGGCUUCUCCAUGAUAAGUGAGUUUGGUCUGGGGCCAACCAUCGGCAUGCUGCUAGUGUGUGGAGGUCUAGUCAAUGGACCAUACGCCCUCAUCACAACUGCAGUAUCUGCUGAUUUGGGGACCCAUAAGAGCCUGAAAGGCAACGCCAGAGCACUGUCGACUGUCACUGCCAUCAUUGAUGGCACAGGAUCUGUAGGGCACUCAAGAUCACCUUACAUGGCAGAUAAAAAAACGCAACAUAAGAAACAAUGUAUCAAACCAUCAAUAAAAUGAAAUGAACAGUGAACAAAAAAUGGAAGACAAUCAAACUGAAAAAGCCUGUUUAAAUGGAUGAGUUUUUACAUGUGAUUUAAAAAAGGAGAGAGACUUAUUGUUGCGAAUGUCUUGUGGGAGGGAGUUCCAGAGGCGGGGGGCAGUGCGGCUGAAGGCUCUAGAUCUCACGGUGGACAAAUGGGCAGGUGGUAGACUGAGGUGAAUUGAAGAAGAAGAUCUGAUGGUGCUUCGACAUGCAGGAGUUCAGAAAGGUAUGCUGGAUGGUCUUAAAGGUGAGGAUUAGAAUUUUAAAAGUAAUGCGGUAUUUUGAUCGAGAGCCAAUGAAGCUUCUGAAGGACAGGAGUGAUGUGAUUAAUGGAAGGGGUUCUGGAAAAUUAUGCGAGCAGCAGAGUUCUGGACUUAUUGAACUUUAUGAAGGAGUAUAUGAGGGUGACCAAAAAGAAGGGAAUUACAGUAAUCAAUGCGGGAUGUAACCAGGUUGUGGACAAGAAUGGCGGCAGUGUUGAGUGUGAGGGAUGGUUGGAGACGAUUAAUGUUGCGUAGAUGAAAGUAUGCGGACCCGUUAACAUUAUUGAUGUGGGCUUGGAAAGACAGAGUGCUGUCAAGGAUGACACCCAGUCGCUUAACCUCAGGGGAGGGAGAAACUAAAGGGUGGUCAAUAUUGAAUGAAAGAUUGUCUCAUUUAAUAAGGUGAAUUUAGUGCCAAUAAGGAGAACUUUGGUUUUAUCGCUAUUGAGUUUUAGGAAAUUGCAGCAGAACCAGAAUUUGAUUUCCUGUGGCCGUCAGAGAGGGAGGUAGUUUGGAGGAUGGAAGUUUGUUUGGUUGAAAGGUAGAGCUGGGUGUCUUCCGCAUAGAAAUGGAAAUGAAUGUCAAAUUUAUGGAAGAUAUGGCCAAGUAGAUGAUGAAAUAGAAGGGGCCCAAGAACAGAUCCAUGGAUGAACUCAGUACGGCCAGACAGGUAAGAUUUUAACCAAUCCAAGGGUGUGUUGGUGAUGCCUAUGGAGGCUAGUCUGUCGAGGAGUAUAUGGUGAGAGAUGGUGUCAAAGGCUGCAGCCAGAUCAAGGAGGAUGAGAAUGGUUAACAGUCCGUUGCCAGGUGCCAUGAGGAGGUCAUUCGUGAUUUUUACCAGGGCUGUUUCUGUACUUUCUGGAGGGGGUGGAAGCCAGACUGGAAUUACACAAAGAGGUUAUUGUCAGAUAAAUGGUCAUGGAGUUGAGAUGAAACUGUGUUUUUCCAGGAUUUUGGAGAGAAAAGGUAAGUUAGAAAUAGGACGAAAGUUAAUGAAGUUUUUGGGGUGUGAACCAGGUUUCUUCAGUGCAGGAGUUAUUGCAGCUGAUUUGAAAGAUGAGGGAACCAGACCAGAGGUGAGGUAGGAAAUUAGGAUGACAGUUAUUAGGGAGGCUAGAGAGGGUAGGCAGGCUUUUACUAGGGCAGUCGGAAGAGGGUCUAUUUGACAGGUUGAUGGCUUAGAUUUCUGAAUGAGGUCAGAAAUUUCCACAACAGAGGGACGAUUGAAACUUGAAAGUGAGCAAGAGCGAGGGGCUGAGAGAACCAGAAGGGAUGGACUAUGGGAUGAAUUAGAAGUCAGUUACUGGGGAAUUUGGUUAACUUUCGGGAUAAAAAAAGACAUUAAGGAGUGACAGUAAGAGGUUGAGUACAGGUGAGGUGUAAGAUAGUCCGGUGGUCGUAAUAUGUUGUUUACCAAGGAGAACAGGGCUCUUGUGUUUCCUCUACUUGAACUGAUUAAACCUGAGUAAUAGGUGGAUAAUGCUGAAGAGAGAGCAUCCUUGUAAUGAAGAAUAUGAUCGUUGUACAUUUCUUUUUGCACAACAAGUCCAGUUUUUUGUAGAGGCGUUCAAAGCGGCAGCCAUUCGCUUUGAGUUGGUGUCAUGAAGGUGUAAACCAUGGGGCAGAUCGGGAGAAGGAGACUGACCGGGUUUUUAAAGGAGGCAGAGUGUUUAAAAGGCAAUGAAGAACAUCUUUGUAAUGAGAAACUAAUUCAUCAGUGCUGGAUAAACAGUUUAUGCUGGGAGGCUGUCAAUGCCACUGGAGAGAGCAUUUAAAUGUCCUUAAUGUUGCGAAAUGAGAUUUCACGAGACGGAUUUGUUUUGGAUGGCCGUAGGUUGACUUUAAAAGAUAUCAACUCAUGAUAUGAUUACAGACACUUUGAUAACUGUUCUACCUGGUAAGAUGGAAAACCAACAAUUAGUGAGCAUAAAUAGAAGUACAAAAAUGUAAUUCCAUGCCAUGAAAUAAAAUAAUGAACUUGCCUAAACAGUAACUGCCUAUGGGAGACAUUGAAAGAAAUAAAGUUUGCGGUGAGGUGGUGAGGAUUUUACUAGUCAACAUCAAUCCUGGAAUUCUGUCGGUUAACGUUUUGAUAGUCAUUUAAAAAAUAUCCAAGAGCAAGAGCACAUGUUUCUGUGGCACAAAUGGACAAAUCAGACUUAGGAUCCACACACAAUACUUGUUACAUUUAUUGUUAGUUUUCAAGAGAUUUGUUUUAUAGUGAUUUGUUUUAUAGUGUUUGGAGUAAGUCAAAUCUCAAAACUAAUACUAAAAAGUAAUUUCUGCAUUUCUUUUACACCAGUCUUGUGUUUUUCAUGAAAUCUAAGGUUCAGUUAUGUGUCAACCUGUCCGAGCUCCCCUUAGGUUCUUCGGUAAACUGUUACAAUGAUGAUCCUGCAAAUUUGUAUGU